CGGCCCCGGCGCCGGGGCCGCCCGGCGACGGAAAACGGCGGCGGCAGCAGCUCGUCAGCUCCGGGGCGGGCCCGGAAGGUGCCGGUUGUUGUGAGGGGCAGCCAUGGUGUGCGAGAAGUGUGAGAGGAAGCUCGGCACCGUGAUCACACCCGAUACGUGGAAGGACGGGGCGAGAAACACCACAGAGAGUGGUGGCCGAAAGCUAAAUGAAAACAAGGCAUUGACCUCAAAGAAGGCAAGGUUUGAUCCUUAUGGAAAGAACAAAUUUGCAAUAUGUCGGAUUUGUAAGAGUUCCGUCCAUCAGCCAGGGUCUCACUAUUGUCAGGGAUGUGCCUAUAAAAAAGGCAUCUGCUCAAUGUGUGGCAAGAAGGUCUUGGAUACGAAGAACUACAAGCAAACCUCGGUCUAAUUAUAUUAAUCAGUCUUUUCAUGAACUUUAAGGUAUCUUUGUACAUUAACCUUUCUCUAAAACCAUUUGUGAAUAUCACUUUCUGGAAGAUAAUACAUUUACUCGGAAUGAGAUGAGAGAUAAAGACUGCCUGAUUGUUUGUAUAGAAAUGUACAUGAUAUUUGAUUUUUGUUGUUUUAGCACUGAUGUUAACUGAUAUUUAAGGUAAUGGUUUGCAGCAACUGCUACAGUUCAAAGUGACAGGUUGAAAUUAUGUUACCAUCAUAACGGAUCCUUGAGAUUAACACUUUCAUUGUUCUGUUGCUGCCUCUGGAGUCUUUUGCUUGUCUGGUAGUAAUGCCUUAUAGAUGCGUAAAAUAUGAGCUUAUUCCACUUUGUGGAAAUAGUAUCUUUGUUUAGUUAUGCAUAUUUAUAAUUCCCCUCAUCCCUAUGAUGUCCUGUACUUUGAAGAGCUACUGUUCAGAGUUUGAUUCAAUUGUUCUGUUGAAACAGUAGGGUUCUUCAUAUUGCAGAUUGUGAAGCCACCUAAAUGCAGUGUGUGACUCUGCCAGUUCGUACUUCUGCAGUAAGACUGAUGAGCUAUUCUCCUGGCAAACCCUAAGGAGUUUUACGUACAGCAUUUGGUGGCCCAAGGCAAUAAAAUAAUGAGCAUCAAUUUCUAAUUCUAGGUCUCUGUCUCCUUAUUUCCUAAGUUAGUCUGGCUUUUAAACCCUUGUUUGUAAACUGACUCUUGAAUUCUAUGAUGUAAUUGUUUAUACACAUGUCAAAUUUGAAAGAUCAAAACUGGCUGCCUUUUCAGCAUUUGUUUGAGAUAAGACUUGAAGCAAGCAUCUGUGAACAUGUGAGGCUGAGUGUGACUGCAUUUCUUUUGUCUUUUUGUUAAUUUCUACAUACGAAAGCAAUUUCUGUUACGAAGAGUAAUAACUGUUUACUGUGCAUGCAGCUGAUAGGAAAAGAAUAUUGCUCUAAUUCUUGGUGGAGUUUUAAUUAGACUUAUUUAAGUGUUUACUCUUCCUGCCAUAUCUUCUUGUCAAUCUCUUAGGGUUCUGCAACUUUCUUUCAACCAUAACAGAGAAACUAUCAAUGGGAAUUUCCCUAUGAAUAGAUAUUCUGCUUUAGGUUUCUUUUUGUUCUCUUUUCUAACGCAUGACUAAUGGAGACUGAACAACCACUGUUCUUUCUGUAUGUUAGUGGGAGAAAAUAAAGAAAGAGUACUGGUGAUAAAGUUA